UCUACGAGGACGGCAUAUGGUAUUACUAUCAUCCACUCGUCUAGUCCUCCUUUCAUUUGCAACGCUUUUUCUCGCUUUCUUUCUCCGACGACGACUCCUGUUCCCGGAUCCAAUGGCGCAAACCAAGUCCAAGAUUCUCUUCAUCGGAGGCACUGGCUACAUUGGUAAGUUCAUAGUCGAGGCCAGCGCCAAGGCCGGCCACCCCACCUUCGUUCUCGUCCGGGAGCCCACUCUCUCCAACCCGGCCAAGUCCAAAGUCAUCGACAGCUUCAAGGCCUCCGGCGUCAAUUUCGUCCUGGGUGAUCUGUACGACCACGAGAGCCUUGUGAAGGCGAUUAAGCAAGUCGAUGUGGUGAUUUCGACGGUGGGUCACGCGCAGUUGGCUGAUCAAGGCAAGAUCAUCGCCGCCAUUAAAGAAGCCGGCAAUGUCAAGAGGUUUUUCCCUUCCGAGUUUGGAAACGACGUGGAUCGAGUCCACGCUGUGGAGCCAGCAAAGACGGCGUUCGCUACGAAAGCCAAGGUCCGCAGAGAUGUUGAGGCGGCCGGGAUUCCCUACACUUAUGUGUCAUCAAACUUCUUUGCUGGUUACUUCUUGCCCAGUCUGAACCAGCCCGGAGCUACUGCUCCUCCCAGGGACAAAGUCGUCAUUUUGGGUGAUGGCAACCCCAAAGCAAUCUUUAACAAGGAAGAGGAUAUUGGUACCUAUACCAUUAAGGCUGUGGAUGACCCAAGAACAUUGAACAAGAUCCUCUACAUCCGGCCACCUGCCAACACCUUCUCCUUCAACGAACUUGUGGCUCUUUGGGAGAAGAAGAUUGGAAAAACCCUCGAGAAGGUCUAUGUCCCGGAGGAGCAACUACUCAAAAACAUUCAAGAGGCUGCGGUUCCAAUCAAUGUGAUACUGGCAAUCGGUCACUCAGUUUUUGUGAAAGGAGACCACACUAACUUUGAGAUCGAGCCCUCAUUUGGAGUGGAAGCUUCUGCUCUUUACCCUGAUGUCAAAUACACUACUGUGGAUGAGUACCUCUCCCAGUUCGUCUGAAGCUAGAACCUUAUUCUCUAUGUAUGCAAAUAAAUAAGUAGCUGGUGUGAAGAAACUUGUGUCAUCUAUGUUGAAGUGGUUCCUUUGGUAAAAAUGAAAAUUAUGACUCUGGAUUAGGAAUUAA